AUGCCCGCUCUCAGAAAGCGAACCCGAACACCGGACUCCGCUGGCACGCCUCAGGCGGUGAGUCACGAUGAUCAACACCACAAGGUGUCUGAGUAUGAGCUAUCCAGAGAGCAAAGAAUACGCCAAAACCGUGAGAGAAUGGGAAAGUUGGGCAUUUUCGACCUUUCCCUCUCCCUCAAGCUCAAAUCACACCCACCUUCAACUUCCAGAUCAACCCACAAACCGAAAACCCCUCCUUCUCUUUACCCAUCUGCCCCCGCUCCCCUUCGCCGCUCUUCCAGAUUGCAGAAUGUCACCCCUGUUAGUUACUCCGAAGUUCUUCCCCCCAAAAAAACCGAGGUUUUGGAGAAUGGAAGGAUCGUGAUAGAAGAAGGUUCCAAGCCUGAGCUCUACACUGAUGAACACGAGAAGCUGUUGGGAAACACCCAGAAAACUUGGACGCUGUUCGUCGAUGGUUGUGGGAAAGAUGGAAAACGGAUUUACGAUUCUGUCCAAGGAAAAACUUGCCAUCAGUGCAGGCAGAAAACUCUUGGUUAUCGUACACGCUGUAGCCAAUGCAACAUGGUCCAGGGGCAGUUUUGUGGCGAUUGCCUGUAUAUGAGAUAUGGGGAACAUGUACUUGAAGCCUUGCAGAAUCCAACUUGGAUAUGUCCAGUUUGCCGCGGAAUCUGCAACUGUAGCUUAUGCCGUCAAGCAAAGGGAUGGGCCCCUACUGGCCCUCUAUAUAAAAAGGUAUCAGGAUUGGGUUACAGAUCAGUUGCACACUACCUUAUUCAAACGCGGCGCUCAGAUAUAAAUGUGGAGAAAAAUGCAGUUGCUUCCAACUCAGUUUCAGCAAAAAGGUCAUUACCUUUCUCUGAUGUGGACAACGAAUCUCAUGAGGUUGAGAACCAUCCAGGAUCAUUGAAGCCUCUAGCUGAAAAAGGUGAUGGUGAAGAGGUUUCGGCAAAGAGAUCAUUGUUUUUCUCCAGUGAGCAAGAUCUUGAAAAAGUUGAUUGUUCAGAUACCCCAAAAUCACUUCAGCUUAAAAAAAAAGUGUGUUCAAAUACCAUGAAGCAGCUUGCUUCUUCCUCCAAAUCUCUCUCAGACAGCAUUGCUGGAAGACUUAGGUCGAGGUUGAAAAAAACAUGA